UGUCACACCGCUACAGUUAUUGAAUGCAUUGUCGGCAGUAGCGCUACAUGUUUACAACAGCUUUCCGUUUCUUGGUUAAUCCGCUGAUAGCGUCGUGAUAAAACCUGAUUAAAAUGGGGCAUCUUCCAGGCCAGGCUUUGGGAAGUGCCGAUUUAACAGGCACCGAAACAUUUGGUGAAAGUAUUCUGAACGGGAUUUACUCGUUUUGUUUUAAAAGCAUUGGCAGUGUGACCCCAUUAGGGACUAUAUUGUUGAUACUCUUUUUCAUGCAGGCAGUGUGGGUUUUUAUUCUGCUGCAAGAGGCUCGUGAAGAGGUGCAUAAGCUUAAGGUCAUGAAUCGGGAGUUGGAAGAUAAGCUACGAAAAGCAUUGGAUUUUAACGGUCAAGUGGACAGGGUCUACGACCAUUGCACCACAACGGGUCCUUCCGUGGUUGCUAACCGUUCCAUUUCCUCCGCGGAUUCCUUCCCCUCAUCGGCUGAGUCGACCGCCCUCUAAUACCAUCAUGGAAGUUUGUUCCUGAUUUU